AUGGAACCUCAAUCUCGUGCCGCCAUUACGCUGCUCCAGCCGGCGCCAAAGGCGCCUCGAUACAAGUGGCGCAGCUUCUUCGCCACCGAUGCCGCCGACAGUCGCGACUACGCCUUUGACAACACAAAGGGUGUGUUGAUCUUCCUGGUCAUCGCCACCCAUGCGCGAGGGAUGGCGCCCGGCGGUGAGAAGUGUGCGAUCGCUCCUAUCGACGACGUGCUCGUGCCGCUCCUCGUUCACGUCGUGAUGCCGGGCUUCAGCUUCAUCUCGGGCCACCUCUCGGCGCCAAGGCUCUCCGCGCCGCGCACCGCACGGCUGCUAACGUCGCUUGUCGUGCUCGCCCUCUUCAACGCACUCUACCUGCUGGUGGAAAAGUUCUCCGCCGUCGCUGCCCUCCGCAUCUCCGACACGCAUGACCUGGCCAUCCCCGACAACCUCACCUCCGUCAUUGAGCGCAUGGCGGACGCGCCGCUCGUGCCGAUCAACCUGCUCGCCGCCCGGCAGGUCACCUGGUUCCUGCUCUCACUGAUUGCGUGGCCACUGGCCGCCGCCACCCUGGUCGCGCUGGCCGCACCCUUCACCGCCGCCGGAUCCGCCUCGGGCUCCUCCCUGUCCACGGUGUUUGGGUUCUGGCCCUUCUUCGUCGCCGGGCACCUCCUGCCGCGCGCGCGGCUCGAGGCGCUGCGCCGCUCGGCGCUCGUCGGCGCGGUCGAGUUCCGCGGCGUCGCUUGCUUGUACGGCGAGGGCUUCUCCGAGGGCGGGCUGAAGGCAAUCGCCUUCCUCUCUACAUGGAGGGAAGGCCAGAUCGCCGCGUACCCGAUCUGCACGCUGAUGACACUCGGCUUCCUCUCGCUGCUGCCGCGGCGGCAAGUUGCCGGCCUCUCGCUCGCGGGCCGCCUCUCGAUGUAUGCGUACCUGCUCCACCCGCUCGUCAUCUUCAACCCCGUCGUCUGGCUCGGCCAGGCCUGCCUCCUCCGCCACAUCGGCUGCGGCGCCGCCUCGACGGUGGCGUACCUCGCUUUCGUCGUCGCGCUGUGGGCGCUGCUCUCGAGUCCCCUCGCGCGCCUCCUCUGCUGGCCUUGUGUCGAGCCGCCGGUCGGACGCUGCUGCAGGCCCGAGGCGAUCGAGGAGGGGGGCGGCGGCGCGGCGGAGGCGGAGGCGGCGGCGGGAGAAGCCACGGUCGCGCCACUGUCGCCGCUGCCGCAAGCACCGGCGCCGCCCGCCUCGAUUACGCGGCAGGGCGCCUGACCGCUCCGACGCGAACUUCAGUGUGAGAGCGCAAGGCCGCUGCGCAACCAUAGUAGAGUACAGUACGGGUUGCCUGCGCUUUGAGAGAGAGCCUUACUGCUUAGCGGCUACGACCAACGCGACGCUCAGCAAAACUGUGCUCUGGGUCCCCCGUUGUCGUUUACGUUGUCGUGUACGGCUC